GUACAGCAGGGUUCGCCACCAUCCGCUGUCGGAGCCUCGUGGAGCUUUAGGUGUUUUCGCUCACAACGCCCGGGCUGGGAAUCAAAACCGCGAUCCUAUGACCGCGAGUCCGCUGCCCUAACCACUGGGCCAUUGCGCCUCCACUCAAACCUAGAUACAUAUACGCAACUUGAAGAAAAGGACGGUCGCUGUGGGUGUGCGUAAAGAACUCUCCAAUGAAAUAAGAAAAUAUUAGUCAGCCGUAAAGCGAGAGAGAGAGGGGGAGGAGAGAGAGAGUGUUUGUUGGUGCGCUGUCGGUGGGUGGUAUAACAGAUAAUUAUUAAGUAAUGCACAUAUGAGAGUAUAGACGCUCCAAAUUGUAUAGAUUUGAUCUGAUUACCAGAGGAUAUGUUACCAUUCAACUAAUUCCAUGUCGGAAGAAGGAAUUCUGUAGAGAAUUUUAAUUGAAACAGAAGUAGACAUAUUGGAUUAAAGAAUCAAAAUGACUGAUCAAACAAUUCUUUGUUGCUGUGAAUAUAUUAACAAAAGUGGGGAGAGAAGUCACAUGUUGGCUUGCUGUUGUGAUUGUGAAGAUUUGGAUAAAGCUUGUGAUAAUUGCUUGUGCUGUAAAGAAAUACCAAGUGAUACAAUGAGAAACAUUACUACUACCAUAUCUGAUCGCUGUCGUAUUCCCUGGUGCUGCGGUCAUGGGGCAAUCCAGGUUCGUCUUGAUGUCAUCGUCCCUGUUGUUGUUGUACCAUCCUGUAUCCUUAUAGGCACAGUGGGGCCAAUCACCACCAUAGUCACACUCAUUUUCAUGCCGAUCAUUAUGUUAGUAAGUUACCAUCUCUGGCGACGCCACCACAGUAACAUGCGGACCAAAUUAUUUUCUACCUGGGCAAACAUAUCCAUUCUGUUUAGUUAUUUUGUCUUUCAAACGUUUGUUGUUGGUUUCCGUAAGAUAUUGUUAUGGGAGUUCCUAUUGCUCUUCACUGCCUUUUUAAUCAUGCUCUAUUGCUUGUAUCAGACAAAAAAACAACCAGGAAUUCUUAUGAAACCAAACUUAACAGCUUCCAAACUAAAUGAAAAUGAAAGUCAUAACAUACAAGUAGAUACUAGUGUUAUGAUACCAGCUGGAGAAAUCACAUGGAUAGAUUCACGACCAAUUGAAGGUUUAUAUCUUGUCACAUGGUGUGGAUUUUGUAACAAUCGGAAACCUCCAAGAUCUGGCCAUUGUUAUGUAUGUAGUUCUUGUGUAUCAGUUCGAGAUCAUCACUGUGUCUGGAUCGACAACUGUAUUGGUGCCAAUAACCACCGAAUAUUCAUAGUCUGCAUGAUAUUUUUUCUAUUCUGCGGUCUGUAUGGUUCUCAUUUAACAUUUACCACAGUGUGUACACCAGAGAUGUAUUUUAACUGGAUUCUCUUCCCAAAUGAUUGUAGAUUUAUCUACAGUGACUUCCAAACAUCCAUUAGCUUUGUGACAGCUUGCUAUGUUUCAAUAAGCACUGCAGUUAUGCUCUUGGCAUUUUUACAGCAGAUUUUGCUGAUCAGUCAGAACAUCACAUCACAAGAGUUGCAUCAGGCAUUGGUGCGCAAGAAAACUUUCUGUGGUAUUUAUGCUUAUAAUAAUGUACACAACAAGGGCUUUUUACACAACUGGAUGGAGUUUAUUUUUAGACCAUCUCGGAGUAUUUCACAGAAGAUUCCCAUGUAAAAAUUUUUAAAAAUAUGUGUAUGUGUGUGGCGGGGGUGAGGUGGGGCUGGGGAGGGUAUGCAUGUAUAUUUAUAUAUAUGUAGGUAUGUAUAUCUGUGUGUAUAUGUGUGUGUGUAUACAUAUGUGUGUGUGUGUAUGAUGAUUAUGUGUGUGUGUGUGUAUAUAUAUAUAUAUAUGGUGACACGUAAAAGCACCCACUACACUCUCUGAGUGGUUGGCGUUAGGAAGGGCAUCCAGCUGUAGAAACUCUGCCAAAUUAGAUUGGAGCCUAGUGUUGCCAU